CUCCAUUAGUCGCUCGGGCCAGGACGCAGCGUUUCGCCGGCUGAGGAGGGGACCCGACACCACCGCCGCUGCCGGGCGAGCCCCCGCUCCGCGCCUGUUGCUGCUCCAGUCUGGGCCGGGAGCGCAAGAAGCGCGCGGAAGGAGCCAUGGCUCUGGACGGGAUAAGGAUGCCAGAUGGCUGCUAUGCGGAUGGGACGUGGGAACUGAGCGUUCAUGUGACGGACCUGAACCGCGAUGUCACCCUGAGAGUGACUGGCGAGGUGCACAUUGGAGGGGUGAUGCUCAAAUUGGUGGAAAAACUCGAUGUAAAAAAAGAUUGGUCUGACCAUGCUCUGUGGUGGGAAAAGAAGAGAACUUGGCUUCUCAAGACGCAUUGGACCUUGGAUAAGUAUGGCAUUCAGGCAGAUGCUAAGCUUCAGUUCACCCCCCAGCACAAGCUGCUCCGCCUGCAACUUCCCAACAUGAAGUAUGUGAAGGUGAAAGUGAAUUUCUCUGAUAGAGUCUUCAAAGCUGUUUCUGACAUCUGUAAGACAUUUAACAUCAGACACCCUGAAGAGCUUUCUCUAUUGAAAAAACCCAGAGAUCCAACAAAGAAAAAAAAGAAAAAGCUAGAUGACCAAUCUGAAGAUGAGGCACUUGAACUAGAGGGGCCUCUUAUCACUCCUGGAUCAGGCACUGAUGUUCUUUACAUUGGCCCUCUGAAAGGAACUAUAUAUUCAAGCCCAGGACUUUAUAGUAAAACAAUGACCCCUACUUACGAUGCUCAUGAUGGAAGCCCCUUGUCACCAACUUCUGCUUGGUUUGGUGACAGUGCUUUGUCAGAAGGCAACCCUGGUAUACUUGCUGUCAGUCAGCCGAUAACAUCACCAGAAAUCUUGGCGAAAAUGUUCAAACCUCAAGCCCUUCUUGACAAAGCAAAAAUCAACCAAGGGUGGCUUGAUUCCUCAAGAUCUCUCAUGGAACAAGAUGUGAAGGAAAAUGAGGCCUUGCUGCUCCGAUUCAAGUAUUACAGCUUUUUUGAUUUGAAUCCAAAGUAUGAUGCAAUCAGAAUCAAUCAGCUUUAUGAGCAGGCCAAAUGGGCUAUUCUCUUGGAAGAAAUUGAAUGCACCGAAGAAGAAAUGAUGAUGUUUGCAGCCUUGCAGUAUCAUAUCAAUAAGCUGUCGAUCAUGACGUCAGAGAAUCAUCUGAACAACAGCGACAAAGAAGUUGAUGAAGUUGAUGCUGCCCUUUCAGACCUGGAGAUUACUUUGGAAGGGGGAAAAACAUCAACAAUUUUGGGUGACAUCACUUCCAUCCCUGAACUUGCUGACUAUAUAAAAGUUUUCAAGCCAAAGAAGCUGACUCUGAAAGGUUAUAAGCAGUAUUGGUGUACCUUUAAAGAUACAUCUAUUUCUUGUUAUAAGAGCAAAGAAGAAUCCAGUGGCACACCAGUUCAUCAGAUGAACCUAAGAGGGUGUGAAGUUACCCCAGAUGUGAAUAUUUCAGGCCAAAAAUUUAAUAUUAAACUCCUCAUUCCGGUUGCAGAGGGCAUGAAUGAAAUCUGGCUUCGUUGUGACAAUGAAAAACAGUAUGCACACUGGAUGGCAGCCUGCAGAUUGGCCUCCAAAGGCAAGACCAUGGCAGACAGUUCUUACAACUUAGAGGUUCAAAAUAUUCUUUCCUUUCUGAAGAUGCAGCAUUUAAAUCCAGAUCCUCAGUUAGUACCAGAGCAGAUCACAACUGAUAUAAAUCCUGAAUGUCUGGUGUCCCCUCGCUAUCUAAAAAAGUACAAGAACAAGCAGGAAAAAGGAUGCAAAAAAAAGAUGCCAGGCUAUAUAAGAGAUUUGAUAACGGCAAGAAUCUUGGAGGCCCAUCAGAAUGUAGCUCAGAUGAGUUUAAUUGAAGCCAAGAUGAGGUUUAUUCAAGCUUGGCAAUCAUUACCAGAAUUCGGCAUCACACACUUUAUUGCAAGGUUCCAGGGGGGCAAAAAAGAAGAACUUAUUGGAAUUGCAUACAAUAGACUGAUUAGGAUGGAUGCCAGCACGGGAGAUGCAAUUAAAACCUGGCGUUUCAGUAACAUGAAACAGUGGAAUGUAAACUGGGAAAUAAAAAUGGUCACUGUAGAGUUUGCAGAUGAAGUACGGUUGUCCUUCAUUUGCACUGAAGUAGAUUGCAAAGUGGUUCAUGAAUUCAUUGGUGGCUACAUAUUUCUCUCAACACGUGCAAAAGACCAAAAUGAGAGUUUAGAUGAAGAGAUGUUCUACAAACUUACCAGUGGUUGGGUGUGAACAGAAAUGCUGUGUAAUGAAACUCCAUGGCCAUAACAGUUAUUUAACUUUAAAAGCUGUUGUUUGUUAUAUGCUGCUUAAUAAAGUAAGCUUGAAAUUCA